AUGUCCCCUCCGUCCCUCUCCAUUCCGGCCACUCCUACCGUGGCCGAAACUCUCCAUCUCUGGAAGAAACGCUUCGACAAGCGACAUCUUUCCACAAACCCAGUCAUCGCUACCCUUGAUAUUGAAUACAACGAGCUGGUUCAAUCAUGGAAACGCUUCCAGGAUAACCUCCUUCCCAACGAUCGAGUGCUCUUCCACGAACGCCUGCAGAACCCCGACGAUGUUUUGGACGUCGUCGCCAGCAUCGAGCCCGUCUGGACGUCCACGUCGGGACAGCGGGUGUUGAGGGAAUGUUGCGACGAAUUUCGUUCGACGCUGGGCUCACACGGGAGGCUACUGGCCGUUCUACCAAGAAAUGAAUUGUACUGCUCUCUCUUUUACGGCGUCCUGCAAUCUCUUCUGAAGGCAUCCGCGGGCUAUCCAAGAAUUUUGGAAGGGUUGUUCAAAGCAUUGGUCCAAAUCAACCGCCUCAUUGCUCCUCCAGCCUUGGGUGAGGCAGUGCCGGCGACGAAAGACUCCAUCAACGCCAUCAGCCGCUUCUACACGCUCCUAUUCUUCUUUCUUGGAGAAGUGAUGGACUGGUAUGUGAGGAAGGCCAAAUGCGGGCUCCUGCGGAGCCCCAACCAAGACGUGUAUCGUGCCUUCCAACGCCUGAUUGGCCAGAUUCGACGCAGCGCCAAAAGCAUGAUGCACGAUCUCACUGACGCCAUGGAUGUCGAUGACGCCGACUGCGAUAGCCUAUGUGAAAUGGCGCACGACGACUAUCGGGGGUGGUUUGAGCGGGCCCGAUUGAGCCAGGUGGGCCUUCAGAACGGGGCCCGGCGCUUCGCAGCGCAGAAUGCCCUCACCCGUCAGUUGAUGUGGGAGAUUCACCAGGACGCAGUGGAGCGCAAGCGAUUGUUGCAAGACAGAGAGGUUCUUCUGGCGCGACUGCUGGACACUGUUAGUCUACAGCUACAGUCAGUGAGUAGACAGAACAGCGGCAUUGCCUGUUUGACCACAACCGCUUCCCAGGACUUAGGUAGGGAAGCCAGGCUCACAUGGCCCGAACUGCUCGAGGAGCUGACCGUGCACGCAUUACAAGACACAGACAGGUUCAACCUGAUGAAAGGGGGGCACAAGCAUAAGUACACACGCAUGGAAUUGCAGAUGGCUUCCCAGAAACUCGAAGACUUCUUUGAUGCCGACGACCAGAUCCCCGCGCUCGAAUUCGACGUUCCAGUCAUUGCCGAAGAUAAUGUGAUGACCUCGCUGAAGCAAUGGGCGACCGACGCCCACUCACAGGUCCUGGCCGUGGGGGGCCCCCAAUCGACGGUCUACCCUAGUCCGGUACUUCUUGUCUCGACGUGUUACGCCAGCUUUGCUCGCAAGGCGGGCUUGCCUGUAAUUUCCCACUUUUGCAACCGAUCCACCGAUGCUGCCAACGAAUUAACCUAUGAGCAACACCUUAUCGCCCUGGCCUACAGCCUGAUCCGCCAGUUGAUAGAAUACCUGCCUCCCGUAGUCGAAAGUCAUGCGGGGUGCGAUUUGAGCGGCGAGCGUUUCAAGCCAUUGAACGGAACGCUCACGUCUUGGAAGGAGGUUCUCUCGCUGAUUGACAUACUCCUGCACUUUGCGCCGCCCCUGCUGGUAUGCGUCGACAGAUCCGUACAUUCGCUCGUUGGUCCGGACCUUUCUGACCCACACGCGGCACCAGCCAGUAUUACUGCCAAACGGCGAACAGAGCCAAAGCGUAUUACUGAAGGUGCUGUUCACGGUGGCUGGUCGCCCAAUUUCGCUGGUGGAGACAUUAUCCGAGAACCAGCUCAUUCUGCGGGAGUCGAACACGACCGAGGAGCUGGCCCCGACCGACGCCGCUUUGGACGCCGAUGUAGGCCCACCAGUCAUGAUUGCAUAGUCCAUUCGAAGCUUUAG